AUGGGGGAUCGUAGCAUUCAACUGGGCAGAGGGAAACAACAACCAACUCACGUUGCUGAUGAACCGAGACAAUUGGGAACACAUGCAAGCUUAAAAUAUUCAUUAAAAGUUUUUGUGAUUAAUAGGAUCAUAAGUGGGGCAUCUUGGAAUGGAAAUGGCCAGAUUUUGAGUGGUCGUUCCGCAGAUAACAACGGAACGUGGUUUGGUAUUUCUAGAGGAGGUCGAGUCGCUUUUCUCGUGAGUGUCGAUACAUUGUUAGACCACGUCGAUCCACAAGCCGGCUCUGAGUUGUACCCAAUUGAAUUCUUGGAGGGCAAUAUGACUCCCCAGGACUUUGCCAAUGACGUGGCACAGGGUGAAGAAGUGGACGAAUUAUUGUCGUUUAGCCUUAUAGUUGCAGACAUGACUUUGAAUUCAAUGGUUCAUAUAAGGAAACCCGUGCAAGCUGAGUGGAAUGUCAUGAUACAACCCGUUCCGUUUGGUGUGCAUACACUUUCUCCUUACGAGGGUCUCGAUGCCAUAGAACCUUGGGAUUUACUCGUGUUUGACGUUUUUAAUCAGAUGACUGCUGAAUUGGGAAACAACCCACUACCACCCCUUAAGGAGAUUGCUGGGAUUAUGUACGAUGAUGCGGAAGAAGAAGACGCGGUGUUUCUCCAAUUGGCUGCGCAUCCACAAUUUGGAAUGCAACUCUUUGGAACAACAAGUACGACAGCAUUGGCGGUGGAACGCACUGGGAGAGUAAGGCUCUUUGAGAGGUACAGACUCGAUGGUGGAUGGCACACACACGACUUCGAUUUCCAAAUCCAACACUAGAAUGAGUUACAAAGAAACUUUGGGAAAGCAUCCGAAUAUCAUUACAUAUCUCUCAUUAUUAAAUAAAUAAUCUCGUUGAUGCUGUAAAUAGAUCUCUCUCUCUCUAAUUUAAUUUAUUUUACCUUGUUAAGAUUCAGGGAUACCUAUUUCCUUGGUCAAACUGCAUAUAUCUCUAUUCGUCUAUGAACAUUAUGCUUGAUAUACAUAAAUAAAAUAGUUGAUUUUCUUAGA